AUGCAGAGUAAAAACCUCACAGAAGUGACAGAGUUCAUUUUCCUAAGAUUCUCCAGAUUCCACGAACACCAGGUCACCCUCUUUGUGGUUUUCCUCAUCCUGUAUACAUUAACCCUGGCUGGCAAUGCCAUCAUCGUGACCAUCAUCCACACUGAUCCUCAAUUCCACAUGCCCAUGUACUUCUUCCUGAGCAUGCUGGCCAGUUCAGAGACCAUGUACACACUGGUCACCAUCCCACGGAUGCUCUCUGGCCUCAUAGCCCAGAGCCAGCCAAUCUCCCUAGCAGGCUGUGCCACUCAAAUGUUCUUCUUUCUUACCUUAGCCAUCAACAACUGCUUCUUGCUCACAGCGAUGGGGUACAACCACUCUGUGGCCAUCUGCAACCCCCUGAGAUACACACUCAUCAUGAGCAAGAGGGUGUGUGUCCAGCUGACAUGUGGAGUCCUCGGCAUUGGCCUGGCCAUGGCAGCUGUCCAGGUAACAUCCAUAUUUACCUUACCCUUUUGUCACAGAGUGGUUGGUCAUUUCUUCUGUGACAUCCUCCCCGUCAUGAAACUCUCCUGUGUUGAUACCACUAUCAAUGAGAUCAUCAAUUUUGUUGUCAGUUUAGCUGUGAUCCCGGUUACCAUGGGCCUGGUCUUCAUAUCCUAUGUCCUUAUCAUCUCCACCAUCCUCAAGAUCGCCUCAGUCGAGGGCCGGAAGAAGGCCUUUGUCACAUAUGCCUCCCACCUCACCAUGGUCAUUGUCCGCUAUGGCUGUCCCUCCAUUGCCUACCUCAAGCCCAAGUCUGAAAAUUCUGUAGAACAAGACCUCCUUCUCUCAGUGACCUACACCAUCAUCACUCCCCUGCUGAACCCUGCUGUUUACAGUCUGAGGAACAAGGAGGUCAAGGAUGCCCUACACAGAGCUGUGGGCAGAAAUAUUUAUCCAUUGACCCUGUUUAUAAAGAGCAAAGACAGGCUGUGGGACAGGGAGGGUCGUCCUGAGCAGGAAAGUGGGUAA